AUGCAGUGUGGUACCAAACCACGUCGACCAUGUUUACUCGACGACGGUAAGAAAGUUCUUUGCGGACGAACUACCCGUUGCCUUAUGGAAAGUCUUGUUACUCAGAUGUUGAAUAAAAUCUCAUUGGGAAGAAUGUCCAAAAUUAUCAUCAACAUCGAGGACCAUCAGUGGGAUUUUGAAAAAAAACGAUGUCCUGAAGCAGUGCAUCACGAAUUUCUUCGGCUCUCCAAAUUCGAGUGGUUCAAACUGUUUACGAAAAUCGGAUUUACACAAAACCUCCGUGGGACUAUCCGAAACAACGGAAGUGAAGGAUUAGAAUGUCCCAAAACGCUUAGGAAAAGAGAACGGGAAAGCAGAAAACGAAACGUAAUGCAAUUGUGGAAAAUUUGGUGA